CCAUAGAUUCACUUCUCUCUCUCUCUCUCUCUGUGUGUGCUUCUGGGUUUCUAGGUGUUCAAAGAAUCUUCGAGCAGCGAGUGGAGAAUCGAGCUAUAUAUCAAUCAUUUAUCGGGAAAUCAGGAAUUGGGGUUGUGUGAUUUAAGGAUUAAUUAGUCCAAAACAUGGUGUUUAAUAAAGCGACUUCAUCUUCUCAAGCCCUUCCAACCUUGGCCAGAGAAGACACACCUCUCCUGGGCAAGGCUUCUCACCUUUCUUCCCUACCCAAGACCUUCGCUAAUGUCUUCAUCUCCAUCGUCGGUGCUGGCGUGCUUGGCCUCCCUUAUACCUUCAAAAAGACAGGUUGGGUUUUUGGCCUUCUCAUGAUCCUAGCCGUCUCAAUCCUCACAUAUCACUGUAUGAUGCUUCUGGUCUACACUCGCCGAAAGCUCGAAUCCCUUCAGGGCUUUUCCAAGAUCAACUCUUUCGGUGAUCUUGGAUUCACCGUCUGUGGCUCCAUUGGUAGAAUCGCCGUCGACGUCAUGAUCGUUCUCUCCCAAGCCGGAUUUUGCGUCAGCUACCUCAUCUUCAUCGCCAAUACCUUGGCUUAUGUCUUCAAUUCCUCUGUUCCAACCGUCUUGUGGUUUAAGCCCAAGACUUUCUACAUUUGGAGCUGUUUCCCCUUCCAAUUAGGUUUGAAUUCGAUCCCUACACUGACCCAUCUAGCUCCUCUAAGCAUUUUCGCUGAUGUCGUCGAUAUCGGAGCCAUGGGGGUUGUGAUGGUUGAAGAUGUUAUGAUCUUCAUGAAACAACAACAAUCCCUUCUGGCUUUUGGGGGUUUGAACGUUUUCUUUUAUGGUCUGGGCGUUGCCGUUUAUGCCUUCGAAGGGAUCGGCAUGGCUUUGCCACUGGAAUCAGAGACAAGAGACAAGCAGAAGUUUGGGAGAAUUCUACUCUUGUCCAUGAUCUUCAUCUCUCUCAUGUAUGGUGGAUUUGGAGCUCUGGGUUACUUUGCUUUUGGAGAAGAGACAAAGGACAUAAUCACCAUAAACUUAGGGAACGGCUUGGUGAGCAACUUGGUUCAAUUGGGUUUGUGUGUGAAUUUGUUCUUUACCUUUCCAUGUAUGAUGAAUCCUGUCUACGAAGUGUUCGAGAGAAGGUUCUUUGGAGGUAGUUAUUGUAUGUGGCAGAGAUGGGUGGUGGUGUUGGUUGUGAGCUUGGUUGCUCUCUCUGUGCCUAAUUUUGCAGAUUUCCUGUCUUUGGUGGGGAGCAGCGUUUGUGUGGUUUUAGGGUUUGUGUUGCCUGCUUUGUUUCAUCUGAUGGUAUUCAAGGAUGAAGUGGGUUAUGGAGGAUUAAUUUUGGAUGUUGUGAUAGUGGUGAUUGGUUUGAUAAUUGCUGUUUCUGGAACUUGGUCUUCUCUGUUGGAAAUUUUCUCUGUGUCUAGAGUAUGAG